CGGUCCGCGAGACUAUCGGAAAUAAACCGCGCAAGUUCAAGAAGAUUGCGAGUGUAUAAAUACCACCGACAAGGGCGCGCGCACACUGAGUGUACACAGGUCGAAGAGCGUUUUCCUUUAUGGCGACCUCAUGUUCAAAAGUGUCACUUUGGUCUUUUCUGUGAAUGGACACAACUCAAGCCGGUGAUUUCUUUUAGGUUUAUCAAGCAUUUUUAUUUGAACGUAAGUAGCGAAUUAAGUUCUUGUAUUUUAUGACAAUAGUUGCAUACCACCACUCACCAUGAUCUUCACCGCACAUUUAAUCUGGGCCACUGUUUUGUUCGCUGGACUUGUGAAAUGCAAUAGCGUGGAUUUGGACGAGACAGAGACAAUACCUGUCAAAGUUUCUUUAAGGAGAAAUGGCCUUUGGCGACAAGAGAACUGGAAUGUUUUCCAAAUUAAGGCGUUCAGGCAGGUGUUCACACUGUACCUGAAGCCGGACGACAGUUUCAUGGCUCCUACAUUACACGUUCAGCGCGUUAAAGUGAAACAUCUGUCGGCUGUUGUGAACGGCUCCAUGCAUGAGCGCGUCCUCGAGGAUAUACUGCCUGAGCCCAGAGACAGCGAGCAGGAUCUCAGGGGCUGUUUCCACACGGGUACAGUAAAUGAGGACGAGGAGUCGCUGGUCUCCGUCAGUCUCUGUCGUGGCAUCCGUGGAACGUUCGUAACGCGCGGUCAAGAGUACUUCAUUGAGCCAGUCGGUGCGCGCACUGGAGACGCAACUUUCUCUCAACCUCACAUUGUUAAAAGACGAGUGCUCUCCAGAAAGUCCGGUGUCCAGGGAGAGGAAGAGGAUAAAAGUUACGUGAAGCAGGGUAAAGACCAGACUGAACAAUAUGAACAAAAAAAGAAAAAUCGGGAACGGAGGUUCGUGUCAGCAGCCAGGUACAUCGAGACCCUGGUGGUAGCGGACGCAUCCAUGACGCGUUUCUAUGGAGAUGAUAUCAAGCACUACCUAUUAACCGUAAUGGGGAUGGCUGCAAAACUGUUCAGCCACCCUAGCAUUAAGAAUGCCGUGAGUCUAGUGGUGGUCAAGAUGUUGGUGGUGGAGGAUGAGGAUGUUGGCCCUGAAGUGUCCAGAAAUGGUGGAAUGGCCCUACGCAACUUCUGCACCUGGCAACAGCUCUUUAACCCAGCGAGUCCACGGCACCCUGAGCACUACGACACAGCCAUUUUGUUCACUAGAGAGGAUAUUUGUGGACAUCAGCAUUGCGACACCCUCGGUGUAGCCGACGUGGGAACCAUGUGUGACCCCAAAAGAAGCUGUUCAGUCAUCGAGGACAACGGCCUCCAGGCAGCCUUCACCGUGUCACAUGAGCUCGGCCACGUCCUAAGCAUGCCACACGAUGACUCCAAAACCUGUGAGAAAUUGUUCAGUGACAUCGACGGACACCACUUAAUGGCUCCCUUCUUUGUCCACCUCAACAAGACACUUCCCUGGUCACCAUGUAGUGCUCUUUACAUUACAGAGUUCUUCGACAAUGGGCAUGGUGACUGCUUACUAGACAUGCCAGAUCAGACUAUUCCCUUAAGGGAUGAGCCUCUGGGCCACAUGUUUGGUCUCGACCGUCAGUGCCAGCAAGCAUUCGGGGAGGAGUUUUCCCGCUGCCCUAAUGCCCCAGAAGACCAAGCAUGCAUCCAGUUAUGGUGCCGUGAAGAGGGUACACUACAGUGCACUACCCGUAAUGGGAGCCUUCCCUGGGCCGAUGGCACACCCUGUGGUGAAGACCGGAGCUGCCACAGGGGUGUGUGUGUCUCAAGCAUAUUGGCAGAGAAGGGAGAGGAGGAACCAGUCAAUGGUAGCUGGGGUGCCUGGGGUGCCUGGGGUCCAUGCUCUCGGACCUGUGGCGGUGGGGUCGAGUUUUCUCAUCGAGAGUGCACAGAUCCAAUGCCACAAAAUGGAGGAUCCUACUGCGUGGGUCAGAGAGUAAAAUACCAGUCCUGCAACAUUCAGACCUGCCCAGAAAAUCAUGGUAAGAGUUUCAGAGAGGAACAGUGUGAGAAAUACAACAGCGAUCGUUACUUGGACAUGCAUGGCAAAAUAAAGCAGUGGAUCCCAAAGUAUGCUGGUGUUUCGCCCAGGGAUCGAUGCAAACUUUUCUGCAGAGCCAAGCACAGCAAUGAAUUUAAAGUCUUUGAAGCCAAGGUUGUGGAUGGUACCACCUGUGGUCCAGAUACCACGUCUAUAUGUGUCCAGGGACAAUGCAUCAAGGCUGGCUGUGACCACAUCAUAGGCUCCAAUCAUAAGCUGGACAAAUGUGGUGUCUGUGGUGGAGAUGGGACAAGUUGUAGAAAAAUUAGUGGCACUCUAAACAAAGCUAUCUUUGGGUACAAUGAUAUAAUUACCAUUCCUGCUGGGGCCACCAACAUUGACAUCAAGCAGCGUAGCCACCAUGGCAUCAAGCAUGAUGGUAAUUACCUUGCGGUAAAAGCAGAGGACGAAACCUACAUUCUCAAUGGGAAUUUCUCAGUAUCCACAGCUGAACAGGACAUUCCAGUGCGUGGUGCCGUCCUUCGAUACAGUGGCUCAUCCACUACCCUGGAGCGGCUUCUCAGCUUCCAGGUACUCGAGCAAACCAUCACCAUCCAGCUUUUGUCAACAGCAGGCGACACCUCACCUCCCAGGGUUAAAUACACCUUCUACCUGCCUCGGGACCUUCCCUUCAGCAAGCCAGAUGUAGAGAGCAGCCUCUUCCCACAUGCCAUCCUGCCAUUUGGAGGAGCCGAAUGGGUCCUAGGUGAAUGGUCUGAGUGCUCAAAGAGCUGUGGUGCUGGCUGGUCCAGGAGGAGUGUUGAGUGUCAGGACAAGACAGGAGCCCUGUCGUUCUCAUGCGACAUCGAACUGCGGCCAACCGACAUCCGACCGUGUGGUGAUCUGCCCUGUCCUGUAUGGCAGAUGGGACAAUGGUCAGCCUGCUCUCGGACUUGCGGUACCGGUGAGCGCCAGCGCAGUGUGCUGUGCAUAGACUACACAGGAAAGCCUGUGGAGCCAGAGAAGUGCAACCCAGAUAAGAGGCCAGAGGCUGUUUCUUCAGAGUGCUUUUACCAGGACUGUUAAAACAAAAUGUUCCCUGCAACAAAGAACAGGGUCAGGUGUUGGCAGAGGUUUAAGAUCCAUAGGGCAGGUAAUGGAUGAGAGAGCUAUUAACACAACACCCUUCCUUUUAAAUAGGAAGCUGACCAUGCUUCAGAAGCAAGCAAGGAAUUUGUAGCAUUCAAAAUGGGUACAGAAAUCACCUGUCAAGCCUAAUAACGGCAAUAGAUAUAAGGUUUCAUGUAUAUUAUAAAUUCUCAUUGUUAUUCAUAUUCAUCUAUUUUAUAUUUUAAUCAUUCAAACACUAUUGAAUAUAUUUUCCUGCCCCACUGUGAUCUACCUCAAACCAUAAGAAUGUUGUAAUACUAAAGGAAAGGCUUCUGUUUUAAACUUUACUACAAAGGAAUAUUACCUUUGCAAAAACCUGCUGAAAUUUAUUCAGAUAUUACUGGUCAAAUACCUCCAUUUGCAUUUCAGUCCACAAUAGACUGAUAUAUUGUCUGAGUCGAAAUUUUAAAGCUACCUGAGACAUGAACACACCGGUUUCACGAGCAUAGGAGCGUUCGUCUCUUUAGGCUUAGUCCAAAUCCAACUGCCUUUGUUUUUUUCAGUAGAUCAUUCUUCAUACACAUGCUUAUGCGCUAUUUCACGUGUUUAAUUUAUUUGCCAGUUUGUAUUCUAUAAAAGUGUGUUUAUUAACUGUUAACACUUCUCAUAAUUUAAUGCUGGGUAAUAUGAUAUAAAAUAUUUCAGAUUUAUGCAUUUCAACACUGGAAUUUAGUACAGUCCUUAGCCACAUAGGGAUAAACAAACAUUAUCUAGGCCAAGCUGUUGAAUAGUGAGGGCAUUCUUAGUAUCAUUUUUAUCCUUUAAACAUUUGUCUGCUUUCUUUGAAAAUUAUCGAGCUGCUUUGUAGUUUAAUACAGUGAACUGGCUCAAUCUAGACGAUAAACUCUGUUUUUUAAUAUAGCCAGGCCAUCAUAUUGUUGCAAACAACUGUGUUAAGACAUGGCCUUGAUCUUUUUUUAAAGCCACCUUCCACUGUCUUUUCUAUCACCGUCCUCUGUUACACAAAUCAUACGAAUGUAUGCAUCAUCGAAAUGCAAAGCCCUUGUGAAAAAAGUUUUUUUCCAUAUUAUAAUGUCUGGGAAUUUGGAUGGAACAGAAAAAUCCAAGACUACUCUUAUAAAGUAGUGUAGAGCAAAGAGAGUGAUGAACUGAAUAUAAGGUUCUUUUUCACUAACAGGCAAAAUAAAAUUCAGAUAUGUGAGCUGAAAAUAUUGAGUAUUAGAACAACAAUGAGGUCAACAAUACACAGCAUAUAUUCAAUUAUACGAUAGUUUGAUUGGACAAGCUGCGUUCCAAGAGUUUAACAGCAGUGGUUCAUUUCACUGUUUGUAUCACUUCGCUUGUUAAAAAUCACCAGAUAAAAUUCCAAUUCUAGCAAUAUCAAAACAUUACCAUGGGCAUGUUGACAUGCACCGGUCUAUCCAGCUGUGGCUUCCUGGAGAACGAUUUUCAUUGACGAAACAAAAAUAAAUGAAACAUAGAAAUAGCCUUUAUUUGUCACAUAUACAUUACAGCACAGUGAAAUUCUUUCUUCACAUAGCCCAUCCUUGGAGGUUGGGGUCAGAGUGCAGGGUCAGCCAUGAUACAGCGCCCCUGGAGCAGAGAGGGUUUAAGGGCCUUGCUCAAGAGCCCAGCAGUGGCAACUUGGCGGUGCUUGGGCUUGAACCCCCGAUCUUCCGGUCAACGACCCAGAGCCUUAAAACCACUUGAGCACUUGAGCCCUGGCCAUAUAUAUAUUUUUUUGUCUGAAAUGUCAGUUACUCAAUAUUUAUGGCUUGUUUAUAGAAAAGCAAGAUCACAGUUGUGCUGUUGUACUGAAUAUCAGCGUGACUGUGAUUAUCUUCAGCCCAAUGCUGAUUAUUCACUACGUCACUCAUGCACAUACAUGAUAUUGCCUCUCUCUCUCUCCGCCCAGACCCAAAAGAAUAACAAAAACAACCCCAAUUUAAUCGUGUUAGUCCAAAGAUUUGCAUUCCUUCUGAAUCGAGAUGUUCUGAAAUUAUGUAGAUCUGAUACUAGAGCAUUCUAUCCCUUCAGUGAAGGUCUGUAUGAUGCUAUUGUUAUAGCUUCCUUUUUAAGGUAUUUAUUUGUUUUUUGUUUUUCUAACUUGAAACACCCACGUUGUGUUUUAUUUCUUUGUUGCUGUUGUCUGUCCUCUAUAUCUGAUAUGAACUAAUUAAAAGUGUCUGAACAUGUUCA